ACACGCGAGCCCGGCCUUCAGCAGCUCAGCUGGUCCUGAGGUCGCCUCCCGGCCGCCAUGGCUGAGAAGGACUUCGCGGGUGAGCCGAGUCCUGACUCUGUGGUCGCCUCCAAAGCAGGCCCCGAGGUGUCCUCGCCUGGGACCUCGGAGUCCAGGGACUACGACAGCACCUGCGUGUUCUGCCGCGUGGCGGCGGGCCAGGAACCCGACACCGAACUCUUGCACUGCGAGAAUGAAGACCUAGUUUGCUUCAAAGACAUCAAACCAGCUGCACUUCAUCAUUAUCUUGUGGUGCCAAAGAAGCAUAUUAGAAAUUGCAAGGAACUAAACAGAGAUGAAGUAGAAAUGGUUGAGAGCAUGGUAGCUGUUGGAAAAGCCAUUCUUGAGAGGAAUAACUUCACCGACUUUACAGAUGUGAGAAUGGGUUUCCAUAUGCCACCAUUCUGUUCCAUUUCUCAUCUGCACCUUCAUGUCAUAGCUCCAGUGAAACAGUUUGGCUUCUUAUCAAAAUUGAUUUACAGACAAAAUUCUUACUGGUUUGUCACAGUUGAUCAUUUGCUUGAAACACUAAGAAAGUAAAAGUGUGGGCCAUGGACAAGUUCCUUAACCUGACUGAGGAUGAACUACAGUUUUGCUCUCUUGGGAGUCUAACUGCAGUCUGAAGGUUUGCUGCUAUACACAGCACUACAACUGAAGAGCCUUACAGUUUGCUGGAAUGUCUGUUUUCUCAGAUCUGUAAUACAGCUGAGUACUUUGUCACUCAUUUCUUUGUUUUGAUGCUUACCUGUGUAAGGUUUUACACCUGAGACACUGUAACUAAAAGUUUGUUUAGUACAAAUUCUGCUAAUCAAGAUGCAGCCUAUGUUUUUCAAAGUUCAGGUUUCAUUUAUUAGUAGUCUUAAUAAUAAUUUAUGAUGAGUAAAUUGGCAUGGAAAAUUGAAACCUUUUUACAUUGAAGGAGAAGAAAUUAGAAAUCUUAUGAUAGUUUUAUAGUCUUACACAUACAAUUUCAAAGUAAAGAAUACCAUGCUACCAAUAUUCUGAUAGAUAAGAGGGAACUACUUUAAUGUAAUUUUAAAUGAAUAUGGUAACCAGCAACAUGGUUAUCUUAAUAAAAUUUAUGUGUAAUUUUACCUGUCAGGAGAUAAGGAAGAAACACAAAUUAGUAAUGUACGAAAACUGACAGAAACUGUUGUCAUAAAGUAUGCUUUUGUAUCAAAGUCUUAUUAUGAGAAAAGACUUGGUUUGAAAGAAGAAAGAGACAUACAUAGGGAGUUUAUCUUGCUAAAAUAGUGCUAAUAUCACUGGUAUAUCAUUUAGUGAAGAGUGUUUAUUGGGAGUUGUCCUUUGGCAGUAUCUACAGACACAGUAGUGACUGAAGGUAGAUGAGGUGUUGAAAGAUGAUUCUUCAUUGUUCCAGUGUCUAGUAGUGUUAUGUAUGCAGCAGGAAAGGAACGUGAAGACUAAUGCAUUGUAGAGAUCAGCUAAGAUUUCUAGUUGAUUGUUUUGGCAUGAUGUUAAAUGAUUUUAAGUAACAAACUAUUACAAUGCUUGAUUACAAUAUCUAUAGUCAAGUGUUGUCUAGUUUAAUUAAAAUUCAUUAAUUCAGCAAAUAUUUUUUAGUAUUUAGUAAGUGCUAAACAUGAUUGGUAUCCAGAACUAAAGACAUGAUAGAUAGAGGUCAUUUGCCAAUGCUAUGGGGUGAGGGAAAAAUAAUUUAUUAGAUUUUUAGUGUGUUCAGUGCGGUAAUGCCCAGAGAAGAGGCCUUGAAAAGGAGACCACUACUGAGACUAGGGAGUAGGUAGCCAACACCUGAAUUCAAGACUCAGUGGUAGGCAGGCAGACAGUGGUGGAAAGCUGAGAACCUUGAGUUCUGCUUCCACUGUUCAUCUAUACAAACGUUUGAGUUUCAGGUUAUUCACUGAAGGUGGAGAAAGGAAUUUGCCUUGUAUAAUAGCUGUCUGAUCAUUUACACAGCUAACAGUCACAAUUUUUCUGUAUAGUAAAGCUAUGACAGACUUCAGGGAAGGUGCAACCUUUGAAUGUUUCACUCUGAACUUGUGGUGAUGUAAUUGACCACAUGACGAUAGUACUUGAAAGAUGGUCAAGGAAUUUUUCAAAUGCCUUUAGGGACCUUUAAAAAUGUAAUUAGUAGGUUGAUUGUGUUUGUUUAGGUUUAUCUCCUCUCAUGGGGGGAGGGGCACAGAGUGGAUAAAGGUUCUUACUGCCCAAUAGUGAAACCCCGAGAACCUGUGUUUGAUCUCUGAAUUAAUGUAAAGGUGGAAAAGAAAAGGCCUCCAAAGUUGUCCUCUGACCUGCACACAUGACCUCUGUGGAUCUCCCCAUCCAUUAUAAAUGCACUGAUGAUAACAAAAUUGAAAAAUAAAAUCCUUGAAAGAA